AUUUUGUUGUAAUUCCGCAAUUCCAUUUUUUUUGAAAUUUUUUUAAAAUUCCCCUGUUAUUGGUAACACGUAUUCCCCUAAAGGACCAAACUAGUGACUUUCUUUUUGUGUCAAACGUCAACGAGGAAGCACGAUGAAGCAAAUCGUGACAAGUCAAACGGUGAAAAUCCCGGAAGGAAUCACCGUACAUGCUAAAUCGCGUCUAAUUACCGUCAAAGGCCCUCGUGGGGUCUUAAAACGGUCUUUCAAGCAUCUCGCUGUUGACAUUCGUAUGAUCACUCCGAGACUUCUCAAAGUUGAGAAAUGGUUUGGAACCAAGAAGGAAUUGGCUGCGGUACGCACAGUGUGCUCUCAUGUUGAGAAUAUGUUGAAGGGGGUAACUAAAGGUUAUCAGUAUAAAAUGAGAGCCGUGUACGCCCAUUUCCCCAUCAAUUGUGUCACCACUGAGAAUGACUCUGUUAUUGAAAUUAGAAAUUUCUUAGGAGAGAAAUAUAUCAGGAGAGUUAAAAUGGCACCAGGAGUGACAGUUAAAAAUUCAGCCAAACAAAAGGAUGAAUUGAUUAUUGAAGGCAAUUCACUUGAAGACGUGUCCAGGUCUGCUGCCCUAAUCCAACAAUCAACAACCGUCAAAAACAAGGAUAUUCGUAUGUUUUUGGAUGGUUUAUACGUUUCAGAGAAAACAACUGUUGUGCAAGAAGAAUAAUCUUGCAUUUAAUAAAUUUGUACAAUAAGG